CCCACCUGAUUGACGAGCAGAGCAGUUCUCUGCCGUUGGUCUCCCGUGUCUGAUUCGCGCGCGACAUUUUCCACGAAAUUCUCCUUCUAAUUGCUGAUCACGUCAUUCUGUAUCAGUGAAUCCAAUUGAGUCAAUUCUAUUCUCGAUUCCUACUGGAGAUCGACAAACUUUCUCCACAUACUCUCUCCGUUAUAUAACGUUUGGACUAAGGUGAUCAUCAGUUUACGAUAGGCGCUAACCGUUUACAGACGCAUGCGCCUCCACGCGUCUAUUUUUGUUUAGAAUCUCGAGGCAAAACAGCGGAGCCGAAAAAUUUUCUUCGUCAAGUUCCUCAGCUGACAUGUUGCUUGGCUCUGAUCGCUUAGUGUAGAAAAGUCGCAAUAUCGAACGAUCAACAAUCAACAGUGGAAAAUGUCCAGAAAAUUACCAGUCCGAACACUUGGAGAGAUCGCGCUUGCAGAAGUGGCCGGUUCCAUAGUAGGUGCCAUUGGAAGCAUGCUCCAGACUACGUACAACUUUGGUGUUGAACCGGAUUUUACCUUUCUCAUCGUGGAGAUCAAGUCCUACAUGGAAACGAUGGGCGCCACCAGCGCUAUAUAUGAAGACCUACUUCGGGUGAUCCUCUGCUCGGACUCGUUGGAGGCAGUAAUCCGCUUCUGCUGUCUACAGACCUUGCUCAACGAAGCGGUACACACUUUGAUGACGGAGAUCUUCCCGUACACCUACUACGAGCGAAUUCUGCAAGUGAUCGCAGCACAGGGCCGAGGACUGCGCCAACUCAACAUGAAGGGAGUUUGGGUAAAGGAGGAGUACAUGUGUUUCAUGUACGAGAUCAUCAAGCAUCUACCGCAGUUAACCAAGCUUACAAUACCGCACAUUGCGAAUGACAAUCUUCUGAAACACAUCAGUGAUUAUUGUAAGAAUCUAAGACAUUUGGAUAUUAGUGGUGAUACGGACAUUACCGAUAUCGGAUUAGAAUACCUUAGCUAUGGUGAGUCUCGAUUUAAUCUAACAGUCCUUGACAUCGGAUCGCUCGGGGAAGAAAAUGUCUGUCAUACAGACAUCGCUAUGCUACUCAUGAACCUCCCCAACCUAGUCAGCCUAGUCAGCUACUCCUUCGUGGGACGAAGUCUUCAAUACAUCCUCGAUAAUAAAGAUCCAGCCUUCCGCUGCAAACUAGUCUACCUACACGAUACGGGGACCAAAGCAAAGGCAAUGGAUGCCAUCAUCGAUGCUUGCCCUAAUCUGCAGGACCUCUACAUCGAUUCACCUGAAACGAACACCCUCGUCAAACUCUCCAAAGUCAACCUUCGCCGACUGAAACUCUACAAAUUCAACUGUUCGGAGCUGCUCACCCUUCUAGAAUCCAUUGGCAACUUCACGAGACAUCUCACCGUUAUCAAAGGUCGCGGCACAAUGGAAAUCCACCGACUCAUUCGCUGCUGCCCGAAUCUGAUCGAUCUAGAUUUUUACAUGAUGGAUUCAUUGAGCUUUUCGGGCGAUCACGGCUUCCUCGACCUCCAAGGCUUGGAAAUCCUAAGCAGCCCAAUCUCGCAACCUGGUCUACGCAACUUGCUAAGUCUUUCAACCACGCUGAAAAGACUAGCCAUCGACAGUGUCACUUUUACCGACGAAGACUUCAGCACGUUGAUGAUCGAAAAGGACUUCUACCACCUGGAGGACGUCUGGUUCACAACCGCUCCAAACCUUUCGAUGGCUAGCGUUGAGAUCCUCAUGGAUCGGUGCCCAGAGCUGCAGAGCCUUGGGCAGCUGAGCGGUUGGUCCCUCACCCCGGACGACGUAACACUUCUCCGUGGAAUCCUCAAAAGCUGUAACUCCUCACUGGUACUGUCGCCAGCAAGUAUUUUCCCCUAAUCUCAUCUCAUCCUUCCUUUUUGUUUUUGUCUUUGUCUAUUUCCACUCCCGCCGAUCACCAAACAAUCAAUCAAUCACGAUGCUCCAUGUACGACUCCAAAGUACAUGCGAACAUUUCGCAUUCCCCUCCGAUCAUUACGCAGAGCAUUCCCAUUGGCUGUUUGAAAAUUGUACAAUUUGAUUCUUGUUCUGGAGCAAUGCGAUCCCAACUCCUUCCUUCCUUUUCUUUUUCUUUUGUGUUUUCUUUUUGUUCCCCACUUCCGUUCCAGAUCGUGCAAUCACUCUGAAUCAGGGAGUUGACAGUGAUGCGGCGUUUGUCAGUAAUAUCCGUCCAUUUUGUGGUCGAGGUUGGUAACCGAGCGCAGAACUAUAUCGAUCGAUUGGUGGCACGUUUGUGAUAUAUUAUCGAAAUACAUUAAUUCUAAUAGGAGUAAUAAAGAAAUUUAAAAAA